AGUGUGACUCCAUGCGAGGGUGGAGCGCGGUCCAGGGCUGCCCCCCGCCACGCCGCGUGUGUGCGUGCGCGCGCGAGUUCCGGUGUCGUGACUCGAGUGUCGUGGUUCCGGUCCCGCCCCCCGGGGGUGAGGUGGAGGCGCCAAGUUGGAGGGGCAGGGGGGAAACAACAUGUUUGCCCGGUUCGACGCGGCCAAGUCGACGAAGGGCGCGAGCAAGCUGCGGCGGGACCUCAUCAACGCGGAGAUCUCCAACCUGCGCGACCUGCUGCCCCUGCCGCCGUCCACGCGCCAGCGCCUGUCGCAGCUGCAGCUGAUGGCGCUCGUCUGCGUCUACGUGCGCAAGGCCAACUACUUCCAGCAGGUGUUCAAGCGACAUGAGCUCGCCCUCCAUCACGUGCCUACUCCCAACAUCGGCUUCUCAAAGGCGCUGAGCGGCUUCCUCAUGAUGAUGACGCAGAACGGCAAGCUGCUGUACAUCUCCGACAACGCGGCCGAGUACCUGGGCCACUCCAUGGAGGACCUGCUGAUCCACGGAGACAGCGUGUACGACAUCAUCGACAAGCAGGAUCACCAGGCCAUCCAGGCCGAGCUGGCGCGCGGCGCCGCGACGCCCGGAGACGACGAGCGCCUCUUCCUCUGCCGCAUGAACGUGUCCCGCAACGCGCGGCGCCAGAUGCGCUUCGGCGACCAGAAGGUGGUGCUGGUGCAAGGACACUACCUGUCCUUCCUGCCGCUGUGCAGCCGCAACGAGCCCGUGUUCCUGGCCACCUGCACGCCCGUGGCCAUGCCCGAGACUCGCGAGUGCGUGGUGCAGGGCGCCACUCACGUCUUCACCUCCAUCCACUCCAUGGACAUGAAGUUCCUGCACAUCGACAAGAACGGCGAGUUCCACCUGGGCUACCCGCGCGCCGAGCUGCAGGGCGCCUCGUGGUACCACCUGCUGCACUGGGACUCCAUGCGGGAGGCGCAGAGCAAGCACCGCCUCAUCACGCAGUCGGAGCAGGACCGCUCGUGCAUCCUGCUGCUGCGGCUGCAGCGGCGCACGGGGGAGUGGCUGUGGGCGCACUGCGUGCUGCAGGUCAAGGACAACAUGGAGAACAGCCAGCAGCCCGUCAUCGUGUGCACCAACCAGGUCCUCAGCGAGCGCGAGGCGGCCGUGAUGCGCGCCAACAGCUGGCUCUACCACUACUACAUGGUGCAGAGCAAGCUGCAGUACGGCCUGGCCUACGAGGCGCACGCCGCCUCCAGGAUGGCCGCCGCCGCCGCGGUCUACUACCAGCACCCGCCCCCGCAGCAGCCGGCGCCGCCCCCGCCGCCCGUCAUGUCCCCCUACGAGCCGCCGCCGCCGCACGGCUACCCGCAGCCGCCCCCGCACCACCACAACGGCUCCCAGCAGCACGCCGGCUACCACGAGUACCGCUACGCGAGGCGCGCCGAGGCGGAGCCCGUCGACUACUCGCUGCACUCGGCGGCGGCGCACCUGCCGCCCCCGGAGGAGGCGGGGUCGCCGCCCCCGCACCACCUGCACCUGCACCACAACCACCGCAGGAAGGCGGCGGCGGGCAAGGCGGACGUGCUGAGGCAGCACCUGUCGCCCGCCUCGUCGCCCUCCGCCGACGGCAUGGCGGACCUGGAGCGCGGCGGCGGUGGCGGCGGCGGCACGGUGCUGAUGGCGGCGGGGGCGGCGCCCCGCCUCCGGGCCGCGCCCAAGGUCGCGGCGCUCGACCCCGAGUUCAUGGAGCAGUGGAACCCCAGCCCGCCGUGGUCCGACUCGGCGCUGCAGAAGGUGCCCGACAUCCUGCACCACGACCUCAGCCCGUACGCCGUCACGACGCCGCCCACGCCCACGCCCCACGCCGUCUUCACGUUCGAGUGGGCGGCGGAGCAGCACGUGCCGCUGGGGCGGGCGCCGGGGGCGGCGUGCGCCGACGAGGAGCCGUGUCGCCUCCAGCACCACGCGCUCUGCUGGCCGCCCGAGCACCGCCUCUUCCCGCUGCAGCUGCCGCCGCCGCCCAGGCUGGAGGCGGAGCUGGACGCCGUGCCCGGACAGUCGCCCGCCGCCGCAGACGUCAGGGAGACCGGGGGCCUGUGA